UUGAAGUUAUUGCAAAUGUAAACAACGAAAAUUUUAAUAAUUUCAUGAUAUUUUUCAGAAUGUAAAGAAGAUGAGGUCAGAAAUGUCUAGUAAUAAGAAAUACAGAUGUGUUAACUGCGGUGAACCAUCCUCCGCUUUAUACAAGACAUAUGGGCCGACAGUUUUAAAACUCACUAAAUGUGUUAGUUGUAAAGGCAUAGUUGAUAAGUAUAUAGAAUAUGAUCCUGUGAUAGUCAUGAUAGACCUGGUGCUAAUGUCCAAAGAAGCUCAGAGGCACAUCCUGUAUAACACUGAAUUUAAGGCAUACUGGAAGCUCCUUAUAAUUCUGAUGAUGUUGGAGACAUAUGCGGUAUGGCGCAAGGACUGCCUGUUCUCACUCGUAGUCAACAUGUUGUGCAACAAUGAAAGUAAUUACACUAUUGAUGCCACUAGUAUUAACAUCCCGCUGAGUGUGUCGCUGCCGGAGUCAUGGCGACACCACUGCCGGGGCUGGCAGCGGGACAGCCCCCAUGAUGACACUGAUCUCUUUAUAUGGGAAAAAGACUUCUAUGUGCAGUUUUUAUCUACAUUUGUUGGAAUUGUAGUUUUCAUCAUUACAGUUCACAUACUAAUGAAAUUUGUGCAACUGUUUGGUGAAAGACACCCAGUGUCGUGCGAGCUGCUGCUGAAGGCGUUCUCGCUGGGCAACGCGAGCGCGGCGCUGGCGCUGCCGGCGCUGGUGUGGCGCAGCAAGGAGGGGGCGGGGGCGGGCGCGCACGCCGCGCACUACGCGCUCGCCGCGCUCUACACGCUCGUCUUCUUCUACAAUGUCUUCACCGUGGUGUACGUGUGGGGGCGGGGGCGGGGGCGCGCGGCGACGCUGUGCGCGGUGUGGUGCGCGCUGUGCGGCCAGCAGCUGUGCGCCGCCGCCGCCGCGCCGCCGCUGCGCGCGCUGCUCGCGUGA